CCUGACAGGAGGUUGUAGUGAGCUGGGAUCAGUUUCUUCUACCGUGCCUGCGCUGAGAGGAUCGGAGGAAAUGGCCUUAACCUGAAAGAGGGAGAUUCCGAUGGAGCAACUUUUUCACUGUCAGGAUGCUCAGGCCUUGGACAGGGGCAUCAAUGUGUUCAAGACAUAUAUUUGAAAGGUGGGGAGACAGUGGAAGAGGCGCAGCUUUUUGAAGACACAAACUUUAUCAUAUCUAGAAAGUAAUAAAGGAAACUGCAUCCCCACUUCAUCAAAAUGCAGCGGAAUCUGUUACAUUCUGCAUCUCAGCUGGCGCACGGGACGUGUUGGUUCUUCCCUCGCACCGCUGUCUUUCAGUGCUUAAAAGGACAGUCUGUGUUGUCUGAUGUGGGAUGCAAAGUGAUCCUGGCACUGGACCCUCCUAAACGAUGUCUUCAUGCAGGUGCAGCUCACUUUGCCUCAAAGAAAACUGAUUUUUCGUCACAGCCAGCAGAUGCUUCUCACAAAGUACCAGAAGAGAGAAAUUCUUUGUCUUUGGCCACGGAUGCGCCCAAGCAGAGCCCUGCAGAGUCAGAUUCUUCAGAACCUGAUCCAUUACAAGAUAAAUCAAUCAGUCUUGUUCAGAGAUUCAAGAAAACUUUUAAGCAGUAUGGGAAAGUCAUGAUCCCGGUGCACCUUCUGACUUCCACUGUAUGGUUUGGAUCCUUUUACUAUGCAGCCAUGAAUGGGGUGAAUGUUGUUCCAUUCCUAGAGUUGAUUGGCUUACCAGACAGCGUAGUAGGCAUCCUGAAAAAUUCCCAGAGUGGAAAUGCACUAACUGCAUAUGCAUUGUAUAAAAUUGCAACUCCUGCCAGAUACACUGUGACUCUGGGAGGAACAUCUGUCACUGUUAAAUAUCUACGUAAGCACGGCUACAUGUCCACACCACCACCAGUAAAGGAAUACCUACAAGACAGGAUGGAGGAAACUAAGGAUAAAAUUACGGAGAAGAUGGAGGAAACAAAGGAUAAAAUUACAGAGAAGAUGGAGGAAACAAAGGAUAAAAUUACGGAGAAGAUGGAGGAAACAAAGGAUAAAAUUACAGGGAAGAUACAAGAAACCAAAGAUAAAGUUUCUUUUAAAAAAAUAAAGGAAUAGGAGAGAUGCUUAAUUUUUGGAUGUAUCAAACUUAGCACUUUAACCCUUUGUGAGGCAGGAUAUGCAAAGUGCACUUCUGAGCUUUUUUUCUUUUCUUUUCUUUUCUUUUUUUUUCCUUUUUUUUUUUUUUUUUUUCCCUUUGGAGACUACGAUGGCUACCUGGAUUUAAACGUUAAAGUUCCUUGGGGAAGAGAUUGUGACACAGUUUCAAUUUACAGAAGGAAAAGUGAAUCUCAGAAGUUAAGGUGUCCCUUGGUAAUAAUGUUAACAAUUACUCUUCCCUUUUUUUUUUUUUUUUUUUUUUUUUUUUUUUUUUUUUUUUUUUUUUUUUUCCCCCCACACCCUCCUCCUCAAAAUGAAGGUGAUUUCUGCAGAAAGCCACUACUCUCUUCUUCCAUCACAGUGCACAGCCAUGGUUCCACUAGACUGAGCCUUCCAUUAAAUGAGAGUGAAGAUUUCUCUGUUGGGAAGAGCAGCAUGUUUAGGGUUUUACAGUAUGUGGACCUAAGCCUCUUCAGUCGUGAUCGUCUCUCAGUUUGGAGCAGACCAUUGUCACUGAUACUGCACAUGAAGGAACUGAUGGAUCAGCUACUCAGCAGGAAUUAAUUACAGUGGUUUCCUUGGCUUCAGCCAGGCUGCAGUGGUUUACAGGUUGAAACUAUGAAUCUUUCUUGAACAGUGCAUCUCUUCAGAAAUCCCAACUGAAAGCUAGAGGAAGAUGAGUUAAUCACAGUAGCCACACUGUCAAGUAUACUUUGUUUCCUGAAGUUGAUUUACAGUACAAAGACAUUAAAUGAAAUUAAUCAGUUGUAUAUUAAAUACUAGGAUUUGUUCAUUGUGUUAAAGUUUACAAACCUGCUCUAUUUCAUUCUUGAAACAAACAAAAAAAAAUUGAAAGAGAAGUUUAUUUGAGAAAUUGCUAUACUAAGGGGUUUUUUAAACACAGGGAAAGUUAGAGUUAAACCCCAAAGUUCCUCCUCCUCCCUCAGACCUCAGUCAAACAAUUUGACUAAAAUAAGCGUGAUUUCUGAGACAAUGAUCACAGUCUACGAAACCUUUUUUCCCCUAGAUUGAGUCAAGCAAACACUUAUUUGUACCUGAAGGCUGAAAUCCUGUCUCAGAUGUCAUAAUGAAACUGUUCUAUUUGGCUGGGCAGGCAAACUUCUCUCAGUUUUUAUUCAAAUGUAGGCUAAAUUCAAGUGUGUUUUCCCUAUUUCUACUACAGAUGUCACUUUGUAGCAACUCAGCAUGUUUAAGUUGUUUAACAAAGGUGCUUUUUUGCAGGGGGAUAUGGGGAAGCAACAGAGUUGGACCCUGAGCAUUGCAAUUGACUGGAGUGAAAAAAUAUAGUUGAUGAAGUAUCAGCUCUGCCCCACUGUCCUGUUUUCAUUCACGUCACUGAGGGCUUCUCCAUGUUUGAGUUGAACUUCAUUAACUUAAUUGUGCAGGAUUGAUUACAUCUCUGCCUCUGCCCACAUGUAAAAUAGUAACUGCAAUCUAAUGCCUACCUCACAGGGAUGUUGUGAGGAAUAAUCAUUGUAUAUUCAGUGACCUGAAGAUGUCAAGUGCCAUGUUUCUGAUAAAUAUUAUUUAAAAAAUAUUUCUGCGAACUCUCAUACUGCUAAGUACUACUGGAGGACUAGAAUUAAUAGAUGCUAUUUUGUUUUUC